UCCGGGCGCCGGUGGCUUCCUCGGCCCAGCUACCGCUUGCUCAUCGAGUCACCCUGACUGCCAACAGCAAGCCUCUCUUCCACUUCAAAAAUCUUCUAUUUUACCAAUACGCGAUACCACAGUAUUAUUUUUUGAGGUGGUAUCCCCGGUUGAAGGCACGCUAACGCCCGUGACCCCGCCAGUUCCCGCUGCUCCGCGCGGAGCUGCCAACACCGGCCCGUCUCCGGGCCGCCGCCCCGAGCACAGUGCCCGAGCCCCCACCCGGGUCCUGCCGCCCCGGGAGCGGCGUAACAGCCACAGAGGCGCUCCGCGGGUACGACCGGGGGCCCCAAGUGACCGAGGUGGCAGCGCACGCCUGCCGCGGAGGAUCCGGACACGGCAGCCCGGAGGCGCCCCGGGGCUGCAGGCCGGGCCGGUACCCAGAGCCGCCGCGCACUCGGCCUCAGCCGCCCGGGCAGCAGCUGCCGUACAACAUGGCAGCGCCCACCUCCCGCUCGCACCGCCGGGAAAGAGGAAGCGUCCGCCACUCUUAAGCCUCCCGGUGUGCGAGGCGACUACCCCGUGGGGAGUUCCUGCUGCCGGACACAACCGUUCCGUGGAGACGCAGGCCAUGAUAAAAUCCUACAGUGCCGUUUUGAGUGGGUGAAGUGAAGGGGGGAAAAAGGGGAAUAAAAAAAAAUGCCCAAGCAAACAGCAGUGACGAUUACUUUGGCAACCCUGCUGGGUAUUGCAGUGGGGGGCCUGGUUUUGUGGAAAGCAACGCAGCGUCGGAAAGGAAAAGCAUGCUGUAGUAGUCAGCAAGAGAAAGCAGUUAUAAACUCGGGAGAUGAAAAACUGAUUAAGGCAGAGGAUAAGGAGGUGCUUUCCUUCUUCAGAUCUCCCACCUUUUCCUGGGUAGAGAGGACCCUUGGUGCAGACAUAGUGAUAGUUUCAGAGCAGGAGGAGUGGGAUCGUGUUGAACCUUUGCUGAAAAAGGAGCUGGAGAAGCGGCCAGUGCUUGGAAUUGAUUGUGAGUGGGUUUCUGUGGAGGGAAGAGCAAAUCCUGUAUCCCUUCUACAGAUGGCUUCUUCCAGUGGCCUCUGCAUUAUUGUUCGGUUGCCCAGGCUUGUUGCCAGUGGACAGACUAUUCCAAAGACUCUGUUGGACAUCAUGGCAGAUAGUGCUGUGUUGAAAGUUGGGGUAGGAUGCUGGGAAGAUGCUUGCAAGUUACUUCAUGAUUAUGGUUUUCCAGUCAAAGGGAGUGUGGAUCUCCGGUAUUUAGCCAUGAGACAGCGGAAGGAUCUACUUCACAACUGCCUUAGCCUUAAGUCUUUAGCUGAAAAAGUCCUGAACUGCCCGCUUGACAAGUCUCCUCAUGUGCGUUGCAGCAACUGGGAGGCAGAAGAACUGACACAAGAUCAGGUUCUCUAUGCUGCAAGGGAUGCCCAGGUCUCCGUGGCUCUGUUCCUUCAUUUGUUGGGAUUUGCCAACCUCCCUGCUACAUCUGAAGGUGAAAACUCUGUUGCUGCUUGGGAAAAAGCACUGGGUAAAUGCCGGGGCUUGGUGGAUAUCCCGUUUAGAGGAAGGAGGAGUGGCAGCACAGGAGAGAAGAGUGGGGAGGGACGCUCCCCUCAGAAAACAAAGAAUCGGAAAUCUUCGGUGAACGGCCAGCCCUCUGUCAGUCAGCAAAUGAGAGAUCCACGGAGGCAGAAGCGAAAGCCUCUGGGCGUGGGAUAUUCUGCAAGAAAAUCUCCGCUGUAUGACAACUGCUUCCUGCAUGCACCAGAUGGACAGCCCCUGUGCACCUGCGAUCGCAAGAAGGCUCAGUGGUAUCUGGACAAGGGGAUCGGAGAGCUAGUUAGCACAGACCCAUUUGUUGUGAAGCUGCGGUUUGAACCAUCAGGACGUCCUGAGUCUCAAGUUGAUUAUUAUCUGACAGUCAAAGAGAACCUGUGUGUUGUAUGUGGCAAGCGAGAGUCCUAUAUCCGGAAGAACAUUGUCCCUCACGAAUACCGAAGACACUUCCCCAUCCAGAUGAAGGACCACAACUCCCAUGACGUGCUCCUACUCUGCACAUCCUGCCAUGCCAUCUCCAAUUACUAUGACAACCAUCUCAAGCAGCAGCUGGCUGAGGAGUUUGGUGCCCCCAUUGGCUCUGAGGAAGGCGUGCGUCUGCUGGAGGAUCCUCUGCGCAGGCAAGUGCGCUCCGGGGCCCGAGCCCUGCUGAAUGCAGACAGCCUGCCUGACCCCCGAAGGGCAGAACUUCUGCAAAGCAUCAAGGACUUCUUUAACACAGAGGCAGUCACCCCAGAGAUGCUCCAGGAAGCAGCUGGUCUGGAAACCAGGAUCUGCAAUGAGAGCUACAUGCCACAUGGACUGAAGGUGGUGCAGUGUUUUGCUAAAGGAGGCCUGCGCUCCCUCAUGCAGUUGGAGAGACGCUGGCGGCAGCAUUUCUUGGACAGCAUGCAGCCCAGGCACCUCCCAGAGCAGUGGUCAGUGGACCAUAACCACAUGAGGCUGAUCCGGAAGUACGGGGAGGAUCUUCACAUUGAGCUGUCAUGAGACUAUCUUCCUGGACUCUAGGUAGUGUCUAAUGGACACACGUAACUGAAGGUGGAAGGACUGGUUUUGUUUCUGUGUCUCCACUAACAUCUGGGCCUGCUUUUGCAAACAGGCAGCAGUGGAUCUGCCAGAUUCGGCAUUUUAUAGAGUUAAAUCCAUUGACUUGAAUUUUCAGAUGGUUUGGAAUUUUUAAUCCUAGUCUGUCACUGGCUAGUUCAGUGCAAGAGUGGUGUGCUAAGGGAACUUGCCUUCUCAGAGUGACUAUGGAGAGUUAUUUUCUACCCCCUAGGAUGGCUGAUGCCUCCAGACCAUCUCUCUUAACACAGAGCACAAUAUACAAACAUUUCCAGGAUAUCCAACAGAUAUAUAUGCACCCUUAGGUGCACCUUGAGAGUCUCCUGAUAAAAGUCGUUGCUUUCAGUGCAGUUGUACUCUGAUGAGUUCUUCUCAGAGAAAACUCCCUGCCAGAGGGAGAUUCCUCGUUUGGAAGUGGCAAAGAAACCUUACCUUUUUUGCAGAUUCUGAGCUGUAUCAGCAUUGCGUAUAGGCCUCAGUGAAUUUCCUGGUGGCAGGUCCCUGAUGAGAAGUGACACUCUUCUGGCAGUAUGGAAGCACCCAUGUCAAGUCUUUUCUUAAACAGCUUCCAGCAACACACAUUCUAUGAAAACAUGUUAUUUCCUACUUCCAGUUGUUUAUCAUGAAUAGGUCUUGGUGGAUACCUUUUCAUAUCAGACUGAAAUGAGGUCAGGUGUCUUAAAAGGGAUGAGAGGAACCAAAUUUUAUUUAAUGACCAGCAUCUUUAAGAGGUCAGACCACGUGUGGCAGAAAACUGGAAAAUCUGGUGUUCUGUUCCUGGAUUUGACUUGUGUGAUGGUGAGCAGGUUAUACUCUCUUCACGCCUGUUUCCCUGUCUCUAAAAUGGGACUAAUAAUACUUACCUAUCUAUCUCACGAGGGUGUCGUGAGGCUUAAUUAAUUCAUGUUUUUGUAAAAUGCUUUGAAAAUAUAAGCUAGUGUCUGUUAAUUAUUACUGUUGUUUUUUAAAAUGUGCUGCUGUCUGACUUUCUUAAAUAGUCAUGUUUUUUGCCUGGUGCUAGAUCUUAGUUAAAUAUAACUUUUUAAAAUAUGUACUGCUUUCUGUGAAAUCACUUUUGAUGAUUUUGAUUGCAUGAGAUGAGUGUGCUUCUUCUGAAUGAUGAAGCUAUGCUCAACUUUUAUAGGUCUUUCUAAAGAAGUUGCAGUAAAACUCUGAAAUCAUACUUCACAC